CCACAAAAUAUCCUCUCAAAACAAUUUAUAUCUGACUAUGCCAUAGAUGAUGUAUGGAAAUUGCCAAACACCAACAACAAUCGCAGAGACAACAACAGAAAAAAAAAACACACACACACACGCAUCCGAAUACCCCCAACAACAAUAACAAAACAUGAAAUUAUUUUUUACAGGAUAUGAAGGAAAAUUAUGAAAAUGCUUAGGAAAAUACAAACAUCCGUGAUUUGCAUAUGAAUGCAGACCAACAAAAGGGGCGGAGGGCCAAACAGCGGAUGUUAAUAACAAAUAACCAAAAUAAAUAAACAAACAAACAAACGAAAGAUAAACAAAUAAACCAAAAAAAGUUGAAUACCAUUCUAAAACAGCAGCAACAACAACAACAACAAGUGGAUGAUGCCAACAACACCAACUAACUAAUAAAAGUAUUGCAAAUAAUUCAUAUAUCCGGUUUUGUAUAACGGAAACGGAUAUAACUGUUCAAGUUCGGACGUGUGCAAGUUACACAAUUACAUCGACACGAAGCACACACACACACACACAAACACAGACUGACACACUUGGAACGCCCACACACGUACAUAACAUUAGCAAAGGUGUAAACGGUGUAACUGGUUACAGUGCCAACACAACAGCUACACCAACAACCUGAGUAGCAACUCCUCUUCAAGGAAACAGGACACAGUGUUGUACAGCGGAAACAUCUCCCAGCAGCUGUGGGAACGGAAAUGCAUACAAAGUACCGCAUUUAACAAUGGAAAUCGAUGUAAAUCUCCAUAAGCCACCAAACACCAUAGAACUCAAGACCAUCUCGGCCGGCAGCUACAGCUAUCGCCAGGGUCACGGUGGCACCAGUAGCAACAGAAGCAGCAGCAAUAACAACAACAGUCAUUCCUUCAACAAUAAUAACGGGCAGAACCACCAGCAGGCUGGACUGCUACGCAGUGUCCCGCAAACACCACCAUUAACAUCAGAUCCUGCUGUAACUCCCGGCUGUUGUGGUAUUCUCUCACGUCUUUUGUGCUCCUCCAGCAGCAAUUGCGGCAAGACGGCUACAUCCAGUGCUGACUUCAACACAAUUCCAUUCAAUGGCACAGAAGCCCUCUAUGGCGGCAUUGGCAGCAGUGGGGGUGGUGCCACCACCCAGCAACCUUAUCCACUCUAUGCCAAUCUUUUGAAGAAGGGCCAGCAGCAUCGUCGCACUCCGCAAGAAAUCUAUUUUGAGAGUCGUGGCAAAUCCUGUAAGAAGCUAUUGAAAUUCAAUGGUAGCUCCAAUAAGAUUCUACUCUAUCCCGAAGAGGGAUGGGCUCGCACCGCCUCAUCAUCAUAUUGGACGAUAACCCCUUGUUGGUGGCAGCCGAAUCGGUGUCGCAUUGAGGAGUUUGCCGGCACCCAGCGACGUGUCACCAAAGCCAAAAUGGUUCAGCUCGAGCAGAAAGGUUCUCUGCUGAUAGUUGGUCAUUUCCGGAGCAAAGACUCGUCGUCGUCGUCAUCAGCAUUCUCGAAUUCGGGUGCUGUGUCAACAUUCUCAACCACAUCAUCAACGUCGUCGUCGGGGAGGUCGCCAUCCGCCGCUGCAGCCGCAGCCGCACCAAAGGAUAACGACGAAUUCAAAUUGUAUUUAAGUUCAAACAUCUCCAUGGAGGACUACAACAUGGGUUACUGUCUGACGGGAUUCGUUGAACGAAGAUGUCAGCAGACGAACACAUUCCAAAUGACACAUUUUGCCGUUAUUAAACGUCAAUGGCCGUCCUUAAUACACACCCAAACGCCAGCCAGCAAAGCCAGUCGCGUGUUCUGUACGAGUGGUGGUGGUGGCAGCGGUGGCGGCGGCUGCGGCAGUGGGGGUGGUGGUAGCAAACGUCGUGAUACAUCAGUAAAGCCAACGUAAUUAUAGUAUUUAAAUAGGAUUUUUCUAUUUUGCAUAUUUAUUGCUUUUACAACAAAAACAAAAACAACAACAGCAACAACAAAAACCAAAAACACAAUGACGAUGUAAAUUUAACUAAAACGCAUAACAAAGAGAACAAAAACAAGAAAAAAAAACAGCUACCCUAGCAUAAUUCUAAGAACGAUGUCUAUUUUGUGUGCAAAAACAAAACCGAAAAGAAAAUGAGAAAAAUAAAUCAAAAAAGAAACCAAAAAAACAAAACAAAACUACUCUUUAAGGCCAUCUCCCGAAAAUAGUUGAUAAGACUAGAAACUAAAACAAAAUGUCCACGGCAACAAAGUCCAUUUAGGCAUUUGAUAGCUAAAUUGAUAUACAAAAUGCUUAGUUUAUUAAAAUAUUGAAUAAGAAGCAGCAGUAACAACAACAACAACAAAAACAAAUGUGGAUAUUAAGAGCAUAAAACAAUUACCAGUGAUGAUGAAUCGUUAGCUAGACUAAGUGCUAAAUUGCUUCAAAACGAAAGCCGAUAGCAUUCGAGCAUAAACUUGCAACUUAUGGACUAUCACACAAACACACACACACACCCGCAAAUACCAGGGACGUAC